AAGUACAGUUUAUGUUAUUAUCCUAUAAAAAAGGACUAUAGCUUUUAUUAUUUGUCAAAGCAUCUGUCUAGUUCAGACCAGAGUUAUAUACUUGAUUAAUUUGUAUUUGCAUAUAUCCAAUUUAGUGGACAUAUUUAAGUCACAUCAUUUGGUUAGAAUGGGGUCUAAAAUUUAUUCUAUGAUAAUUCUAUCGCUGCUUCUAUCCUUGGUAUUCGCUAAUGAACGACAAUUUUUCGACGAUUUAUAUAGAAACUUUCCGAAACUUCAAGAUUUAAGUGCAUGGCCAUAUACUAAUUCAUACUGCCAUGCUUACGGUAUUACAUGUGAUAGCUACGGGCAUGUCGGUAAAUUCAUCAUUUACGACCUUGAAUUAAACGGUGUCCUUCCGGAUUCUAUUUCUCACCUUACCGAAAUAAAAGAGCUGACCAUUCAUAAUUGCUCAGUUCAAGUUAAUUUAAAUUCUAUUAGCUCGUUACCGAAAUUAAAAAAAUUAGUUCUAAGCUAUAACAAGUUAUCUGGGCCUAUUCCAAUUCUUAGUAAAUCGUUAAUUUAUUUGUCUCUUAUUGGGAAUUCGUUUACUCUUCUCCCUCCUUACUUUCCUCCCAGAAUAAUUACAUUGCGCCUUGCAAACAACUCAUUCUCUGCUAAUAUUACUGAAGCAUCUCAAUUAUUCAACUUAUCUUGUCUACAAAUACUUUCUAUCUCUCAUAACAAUUUUUCUGGAAACCUUUUUGACUCUGUUGGCCAUUUGCGUUAUUUAAGACAAAUUGUAGCAAAUAACAAUCAGCUAUCUGGGACAUUACCCUACUUCGACCAAACCUAUCAAUUAUCCUAUCUAGAUAUUUCACAUAAUGCAUUCACAGGAAAAUUAAAAAGUCUUUUUGACCUGAACCUUGUUUAUAUAAACUUGGAAAAUAACUUGUUUACAGGGAAUCUCCCAGAUACAAUAUCAAAGACCAGUCUUGUUCACAUUAAUCUUUCAAAAAACUGCCUUACUGGGUCUAUUCCAGAAUUUAAGUCAAAUCGCCUACUUAGUUUAAACCUAUCUGGAAAUCAGUUAACGAUCAAUUGUGAUGAUGAAAAGAAAUUUACCUCUACCAGACUGAAAUAUGGUCAAUGUGAAUUGGCUGACAACUAUUCUAAUGGGGACUGUGUAUUUGAAUAUUGUAGCUUUACGAAGAGAUUGACCCCCAGCUAAGCUAUUAUGUUUCUAAAUUCGAGCUCAACAUAAGCUCGUCAAUUCAAAAUUUAGUUUCAAACAGGUUUGAUUAUGACACCCAAUUGAAAACCUUAGCAUCAGUGAAUAUGCUAAUAAAAUUACAUCUUUUACAGUUCAUGAAA